AUCACGCGACUGGGGGAGAUGAAAUGAAAGGCCUCAAAGAUGUGCAAAGACGUGACUUAGAAACGGUCGUGAGACAGACUCGAAAGGGCUUUCCCGAAAAAUUAUCAAAAGCCAAUCCCGAAAUUGCAGAAGCAACAACGAUCAAAACUCUCGCGGGAGUCCGAUUAAGGGAAAUGGGGAAGAUUAAGGACGAACUGAAGGCGAUGCUUCCGAUAUUAACGCCUUCAGAAGUAAGAAGAUUCCAUUUGCUACCUCACGAAGCGAUCAUUGACGAGCUCAAAGAAGGCUAUUAUGAGAAAUCGAUCCGAUAUUUGAAAGAAUUAUUCGAACUCGACGAGGAGAUUCGUAGAAAGGCUGGUCCUGGUACUCCAAUAUGGGUGAAGCCGCGCUUAAAAAAGAACAAGAACGCGAUGUCGCGCUUAAGGGAUGGCUUGAUCACUGUCGAGCAAGCCAAAAAUGCUGGAGACUAUAUUUCUACGGCUGCAGAAUUUUUAAAAAUGGCGCUAUCCUUUCAAGCAAUGACUUGGGAAUGGUGGUGGGUGGCGGAGCAGCUUUACCGUAGCGCUCUGGAGAACGCUGAAUUGGUCGAAGAUGAUAACCAUCAGACGAGCACCUUCAUACAUUACCUGUACGGCCGAUUUCUGUUCGAACAAAUACAAGAUAUGGCAGGAUCACUAUAUCACUUAAAUAUCGCAUAUGAAGCGUCUCAGAAUAAGUCAUGGAAUGUGUCGAAGAUAACUGGUCGAAAAGAAAGGACCAUCCAUCGAGAAUGCAACGUACUUCUGUACAAAGUGUUACUGAUGCAAGCACAACAAGUCGGCUGCGAUCAACCGGACGUCGCUGUGAAAGCAUGCAUCGAAGCUCUCACUCGAGCGGAGGAUUCUGGACAAUACGAAUACAUAGCGAACGUUCUAUACGAGCUGGGAAUGAAUCAGUUGCGAUUAGGCGACGUGGAACUUGCCUUCCAAAAUUUGUCCAAAUUCCUGGCGAUGAUUAAAAGAAUCUCGGACCCGGAGGGAAUAUGCAACGCGCAAAUGACAAUAGCACUUGCGUACAAGUUAUGUGAAUUGAACGACGAUAAAAAUACGGAAAAGUAUCUCCAUUUAUUUAUGGAAAGUGCAGUCGAGUAUGGGCUCAUGAGAAAAGUGGCACAGGCACACUACUGCACUGGCAAGCAUUUUUUGAGUAAGAGGAAGCUAGAUAUUGCAACCUUUCAUUUGGAAAAAUCCUUUGAAUUGUAUAACAAACUCGGUUUAUACAACGAUGCUAAUAAGGCGCGAGCCCUUGCCGGAGUUUCGAAAGGGCAAGAAAUCAUCGAUCAAUAUAUCCAUCUUGUGCAGCAGUGCGGAACCGCCGAUCCGAAAGCAAUAACGAUGCUUUGUCAAUGGAAAAAUCGUAGAAGCGUUUUUUGGACUAAAAAAGAAGAAAACAAGCUACACGCUGGUAAGAGACAUUUAGUAAUCAACCAAAAUUUAAAUAAAAUCUCUACAAGAGUUUGUCUCUUGCAAUUCAUAAACAUCUUGAAUACCGCGUCUUUAUAAUACAUCACAAGUAACUCAAUGCAAUAUUUCCAUACAUUUCAGAAGAUUCAGAAAAGUUUGCUCAAGAAAAUCAAAGGUAACGUCUCAUAGUCGUAAUGUGAUCUCAGCGAUUUGACAUAUGAUUUUUUAUAGUAAAUAAUAUAAUGCAUCAAUAAAUAUUUACAAUUAUAUCAAUGAACGUCUUUUAUA